AUGUCGAUGGACUCCGCCCGUGCUGAGACACGGGCGAUCUCUGCAGUUUCCGUAGAUCCAUGCGACAGGCUGCAGGUGUCAGUCCAGCAGCUCCUGAGAGUGAUCACGGACGUUCUGGAUGCACUUGAGCAAGGUGCAGCUGAUGAGGCCCUGAACCAGAAGCUGCAAAAGUACGUCGCAGUAUUGGCAGAGGUGGACCAGCGGGCAGCUGCAUUGCCAGAGACGCUCGAGGUGCCAGUUGCCCUGCUUCAGCACAUGGACCAGGGUGGCACUCCAGCAAAUUGGUGCCAGAGCCUCCUGGACCGACUGAGGUCAGGUAUGGAGGGCUUCAAGCUGCGAAAGGCGCCAGCUGCGUCGUUGAGCAGGCACCUGCGAGCCCGAGGUUGGGGCCUUGCAUCCCUGAACAGCCUCUCACGCCCGUCUUCCGACGCCACAGCGAGUGGCCUGGCAGCGGCAUCUGACAACACAGCAGAAAGGAAGGCCGGGAGCAAGCGGCCACUUGAGUCCGCAGAGCACGGCGGCGGCUCUUCCGCGAAAAGAUUGCUGGAGUUCGUCCGGCUUGUGUGCUUGCCUUGUCAUUUGCGCACGGCCUCUAAACCUGCCGGGCCUUUGUUUGGCCGCGAGUCUUUCCUUGCGGCCCGUCUAACUUGA